UCCUUCGCUCCGUUCGGCUGCUAGCUCCGAGGUGGGGAUAGACACUAGAUUUUUUAUUUUUAUUUUUUGGUGUGUGCGUGUGUUUUUUUUUUUGUUUGUUUGUUUUGUUUUUUACAUAAAAAAUGGAUUGACAAUUCCAGUUAAAAAAUGCGUUAUUGUUCAGAAUGUGAUUCACCCUUUUUUUCGUGAUGCGGAAAAAGCUGCAAGGAGAUGCUUUUCAUUUCGUCGUGUUAUUAACGCAGGGGCUGUUUAAAUAAAAAAGGAGCGCCCGAGUGGUUUAAUUAUAAUCUACGCAUAAAUAUUAACAAAGGAUUAGGAAAGAGCUGAAUCCAAGAAAAAAAUUAAAGGCAAAAAAAAAAAAAAAAGUCGCAACCUUAAUUAAAUUAAGAAGAAGAAGAAUAAAAAAAAAAGCCGAAUGGACAACACGAGAUUUUGGACCUUAUCACCAACACUCGGAUCCCAUUUAUCUUGAGUCGCAAAAUCAUAGUAUGUGUUAAUUACAAGAAUACAAUUACAAACAGUAUCUGCAUUCUAACUUUUUAAUUGAACUGAACUGAUUUGGUUAAACACUAUAGUGAUUUAUUUGUAUGACGCUCUGGAAUUGUAUGCAAAGAAGAUUAUUUAUUUAUGUCCGUAAAGGUACAUUUGGUAUAAUUCAAAGUUGAAACUCGAAAUUUAAAAUAUAAAUAAACUGCAGGAGGCAAAUUAAUCUGAUAUAAUUUCAAAUACAUCAGUUGUCUGGACUUUAUAUUUUUCAAACUUAGUUUGAACAAAGCAGACCCCACAAAUUUAAUUUAAACAUUAGUCAGAAGAAAAACUGAAAUCUACUCCGUGACCCUUUCCCUCGACUACAUAAAGCAGCAUCCUACUAUCAGCUGGCGGGUUUGAAGACGUGUGUGGUGAUAUAAGAGUCAACAAAAAAAAAAGAAAUGCUAUGUUUUUGUACCACCUAUAUGAAUGAGUUUACAUUACAAAGAGAACACAUCCACUUAUGCCGUUUUGAUACAGUGCGCCUUUUGUAAAGAGACGUUUCAUAGUACACAGGAAAGCAUCUUUGCUGCUGUUUCUGUUUGCUCUGGACCCCCCCCUCUCCCCCAUGUAAUAAAUCAACGCUAGGUGCUGCUGCCAUUUGGGGAUCACGUGUCCGGUUCAUUGAUGCUUAGUGCUGGGUGCUCGAGAGAGAGGACCGCCACGGAUGAGAUCAGGGACAAUUCUAAUGUUUAUGAAGGCUGUUAAUGGAGAAGAGGUCGAAUGACAGCCGGGACGGUGGUUAUCACAGGCGGAAUUUUAGCAACAGUCAUCCUACUGUGUAUCAUAGCAGUGCUGUGUUACUGUAGGCUACAGUAUUACUGCUGUAAGAAGAAGGAGGAGUCGGAGGAGGAUGAGGAGGAGCCAGACUUUGCCAUGCACUCCCAUCUCCCGCCUGUCCACUGCAACCAGAAUAUAGUGGCAGCCGCCAAUGGACCAGCUGUCUUCACCCCUCCCCUGGCCAGGAAACUCGUCCGCUCCCAGACUUACUGCCCCAACUGCACACACUCCGAGUUGCCCUUCUACCUGCAGCAUCCUGAGGAACUGCGUAACGGGGGUGACCGUGUCAGCUACAGGACUGUCCAACAGGAGGACCUGGACUUGCCUAUGGAACUAGCCAGUUUCCAUAAGCUCAACCUGACGCGUUCCGUCACAAUGAAGGAGAUCUUCUCUCACAGCAGGAGCAUUAGCACUGAUGUCUAGCUUGAAAGACCAUGGACUCUGGCAUAGGGGACUAUUUCCGCAUACAGACACACACCCACACAGAGAGAGAGAGAGAGAGACACAUCUAUGUGCACACGCUAACCAGCUUUUGAAUUUUGUAUGACUAUUUUCCAGAGUUCCACUGAGUUCAGUUGAAACCUGUAAUUGUCCAAGGGAAGGUUGGCUUUUUCUUAUUCUUGCAGGACGAGGAUUUUUCUCUGUGUCUCUGAGAGAAAGAGAAAUUCCUUCCAGGGCUCCUCAUCCAUUUUGAAUCUUUCACCUCCUAAACACUUUUCUGGCCCUCUCUUAUCUUCUCCUUUGCUGCUAAAAGAGUCUCGGGAGAUAAAAGGAGAACAAGGGUUUGCUAAUAGAAAUCUGAUUUCCAGAUUUGAAAUGUUUCAGCUAGUGUGAGCUUCACUUCUGGAGUCUCUUAAUGUGUCCACCUAAUUUCGUAGAACACAGUUAUUCAUUUAUACAAAACAUUGAGUGGAAAAGGAAUACUGUUGCCAUUUUGCUCGGUUAUGGCUUGAUAAUUGUGUAAAACUUGGUUGGAGUUUAAGGGGUUAAAUUCUCAUCUCAUCCCUUUCUUCUAUCUGCACAUUCUCGUUCUUCCUUGUAGAUCCUGCAUGCCUUUUCUUUCCUCUGCAUAUUCUUCAGCAUCAGAUAGGAGCGAAGAGCCCAGUUUCUGCUCUGGGCACUAAACAAUGACUGAAGCCAAUGAAUGUAUUUGCUGUUAUCACUACUGAGAGAAUCUUAUUACAGAUGGCUGUGCUGCACUCCAUCAGGCAUUACUAUUGUCUGUUUUUUUUAAGACUUGGGGUAGUGCAUUCAAUCUUUCUUUUUAUAAGAAAAAAACGAAAGGGCAGAUUUUAAUUGUGUGCAUUGUUUUAUAUGGAUUAUGGAACUAGUGAACUUGUAUAUCAGUUUUUGGCUUCUCUGUGAAAAGGACUGGAGUGGUUCCGAUUUGAAUUUAAUGUCAUCAGCCUCCGAGGUGAUGUCAUUAUGUACGCCUCAGUGUCCUAGUUUGUUUGAGUAGCAGCCGCUAUUACACAGCAAAGAGGCUGGUACUGGAGUCGAUUCAUUAUUUUCUCUUUUCUUUCAAAUGCAGGUGUUGCAUUUGCUUUAGCAGACCACACAGUGUUAAUAUAAUGCAGAUUCCUUUUAAUUUUUUAAUUAAAUUUAAAUCAUAGGGGGCAAGUAUAUACGUUUUGGCUUUUCUUUCAUUUUAUUGCUUCGGUUUUCUUGGAUGUUUCUUUGUAUUGGUGUUCGUGUUCUUGGACAGUUCAAAGCCUUUUCUUUUAUGUAUCUCGCCAUUUUAUGCUAUCAGUAAAUGCAGAAAUAUUACUGAAAUGGAUGGAAUUUGGAAGAGUAAAUGAACGCAAUGUUGACAAUAAAAUGCAGUGAAAAUCAACCGUGGAUCUUUAGGGUAGAUUUUCUUUUACAGGAUGUUUCGUUCCAGCAGCAUGUUGUGUGCAUUUCCAGAACCCUGCUGGUUGGUCUUCAUAAUGCAGGUGAUGUUCUCGGCUUUGAAAAAGAUGGGAAUGUGAUGGGAUGCAAUGUGGAUUGUAAUGCUCCUGGGUUACGCAGAAUGUUUAAAGGAGGUUGACAAAGUUAACCCUAGCCAAUACUUACAAUCACAGCACAGAAACCAGGACCAAAGAACACAGCUGGAAAUUAAAUGGAGACCGACUAAGGACGGAGGGUAGGAGACACUUCUUUACACAGAGAGUGGUGAGGCUAGGGAAUAGGUUACAUAACCCUGUUGUUGAUGUGGGGUCAUUGAGUUAAUAGCUUUCCUGGGCCUCGAGUUUCUGUUGUUGUCCUGUCUGAGCUAGCAUGGGGGAGUGAACAGCUUAAGAGCAUUCCAGAAACAAGAGAUCCUUGUUCUUGAUAGUACUGUUCUAAAUGGAAGUUGUGUUGGAUAGUAAAUCAAUUCUUUCCCUUAAUAAUUUCUAGAGAUUCUCAAAGCUUUAUACUCCAAAUCAUUGUUGUCACAAGGUAAAACAGCAAUUCAAAUUCUAAAAUAAAUAAAAAAUAUUAUUUCUGGUUUUGUAA